AGCGCGUAAUGACGACAAAACCAUCGUAUCCAAGCGUUGUGCGUAAGGUCCCAUUGAGAAGAAGAGCAGAAGAUGGCGAGUUCAAACAAUCCACGUAAAUUUAGCGAGAAAAUCGCUUUACAUAAUCAGAAACAGGCCGAAGAGACUGCGGCUUUUGAAGAGGUGAUGAAAGACCUAAACAUUACUAGAGCUGCACGGUUGCAGUUACAGAAGACCCAGUAUUUGCAACUAGGGCAGAAUCGUGGACAGUACUAUGGAGGCUCACUGCCCAAUGUCAAUCAGAUUGGAAAUAGCAACAUUGACCUGCCUUUUCAGAAUUCCACCUUGGACAGCAGUCGGUCGACCAGGCAUCACGGACUGGUAGACCGCGUUUACCGCGAUCGGAACCGAAUCAUCUCCCCGAACCGCCGGCCCCUCUCUGUGGACAAACAUGGCCGCCAGAUUGACAGCUGCCCCUAUGGCUCAGUGUACCUCUCACCCCCACCGGAUACCAGUUGGAGGAGGACGAACUCCGACUCAGCCCUACACCAGAGUGCCAUGAAUCCUGUGCCCCAGGACUCAUUUACAGGGGGUUCACAAGAGCUCCAGCCUAAACAAGUGCUGCUGCUUACAGUUCCUGGGACUGAAGAGUCUGAAUCACUCGCAGACAAGGAUACACAGUGGGGUAACAAAAAGAAUGACUCAAGACCCAAGUCUUGUGAAGUCCCCGGGAUCAAUAUAUUUCCAUCACCUGAUCAGGAAGUGAACACGUCAUUGAUCCCGGCCACGCUCAACACAGGAGGCUCCCUGCCCGAUCUGACCAACAUCCAGUUCCCUCCACCGCUGCCCACUCCGCUGGACCUGGGCGAAACGUUGGUGUUUCCUUCCCUUAGCACCUCCAACAGCACGGGCAACCUGACAACCAACCUCACCCUCCUAGGCAUCAGUGCUGCCAGCCACGGGAUCCCAACCACCGCUCAGCCUACCGUGACGGCCCAGCGCAGGCAGUCCACCCUGGUCCCCCUAACCCUAAACGCCAACCCACAGCAGUCACCGCAGCAGCUCUCCCCCACCCUAUCGCCCCCUCUCAACAUCCAGGCAAUGGCGAUGGACGCCUUGACUCUGGAGCAGCAGCUAUCCCAGUACGCCUUCUUUAGCCAGCUGACAGCGCAGUCCCAGGCCCAAGUGCUCAACGACCUGCAGCAGCAAGCCCUGCCCCAGGGCAUCAGGCUAAUUACCCUGGCCACCACCACUGCCUCCACAGCCACCCAGUCCUCCCCAGUCAGCCAGAUCGCGACGACUGUCAACAUCAACUCGUACCGCAAUCAGACUGGCUCUCCGGCCAAUCAGUCUCCAACCUCCCCAGUCUCCAAUCAAGGCUUCUCCCCUGGCGGCUCGCCUCAACACAUUCCAGUGGUGGGCAGUAUAUUUGGGGAUUCUUUCUACGACCAGCAGCUAGCAUCAAGGCAGACCAAUGCUCUCUCCCAUCAGCUCGAACAGUUCAAUAUGAUUGAGAACCCGAUCAGCUCCAAUAGCCUGUACAGCCAGUGCUCCACCCUCAACUACACACAAGCAGCUAUGAUGGGCCUCACAGGGAGCAGUCUGCAGACGUUGGGCUACGGUAGCCAUGGCAACAUCCCAAACAUCAUCCUCACAGUGACAGGCGAGUCUCCACCCAGCCUCUCUAAGGAGUUAACCAACUCACUGGCCGGCGUCGGAGAUGUCAGCUUCGACGCGGACUCUCCGUUCCCAUUGGACGAGCUGAAGAUCGACCCCCUCACCCUGGACGGACUGCACAUGCUCAAUGACCCCGACAUGGUUCUGGCCGACACUGCCACUGAGGACACGUUCAGGAUGGAUAGGCUGUAAUACAGAAUGCUGUCAGUGGCCAACGACAAAAAAGAACCCUAGGAAGAAAGGGAAACCAGGCAUGGCCAUUCAGCUAUUCAACCUCGCACUCACCCUCAAGUCCUUUGAAAUGAUGAGCCACCAAAACCCAUUGUGGAGAAGGACAUGCAAUGGCUUGUUAAGGUCAGGAAUGGAAUUGUUGUAAUUUCCAAUGAGAUUGUUGGUUGGUCAGUGCUUUGCUAGCUUGCUGCGUUAACUAUCUCUAAUUUCUUACCAUAUAUCCCACAGUGUCACACUUGAUAAAAGAUUGUAUAUCUCCUUUUUAUUUUGUUUUUUACUUUUCUACAAAUCUACAUGCAUUUAAAAAGCGAAAAGCCACUAGGAAGGUGAGCUGCACCAUGCCUAUUAUCAUUCCUUACCAACCAUAUAAGCUUUAUACUUCACACUCAAAGCUUUAUUUUUAUUGACAACCAAAUGUUAAUGUUUGCAUUAUGCGUAUGAUGGAUUUUUAUUUAUUGAAAUAUUUAUUACUUCAGUUGAAUGUUUCAAAAUGUGUUUGAGUUUGAAACCAAUGUCUCUGCUCUAACUGUAUUGUGCAAACUGCACUGAUUAUGGAUCUAUUAAUUUAAGUUACAUAUUUAUGUAUUGAGCUGCUCUGUUAAACUUAAGGAGUACAAAUCCUCCCCAUGUUUGCUCUUACGGUUGCCAGUUGCAACGACAUCUCACUAGAUAUAAUCAGAUAAGGCCUCUUAAAAUAUAGGAUAGGAUCUGCAAUUGUGUUUUCAUCACUUACAUGGGCCCGCAAUCGUUGGGUUUCAUCUUGUGCCAAUGCUGUUUUUAAAUGUAUCUUAACUAAUGAAAAACAUAUUCAACAGAUGCUUAUAAGCUUAAGCAAAUGUGACAAUGGAAACAUGGAAAAUGCAAAUACCCAAACUAGAUGGCCAUAAUUCUCCUUUGCAUGUAAAUCCAGAUUGAAUGCCUCCUGAAAAUCUGAAGGAUACAAACUCCUUAGAAACCUGUUGAACUUGUCACUGUGAGAUCACCUGAUUUUGCCUUACAUAUUGAGUAUUGUACUGUUUUUAAGCGUAACUAAUGUGACAGUGUAUUUUCUUAACUUCUAACAUUUUCUUGUAUUUGAGAGGAAUUUUAAAUCCUAGUCAGUGACAAUAUUUGUGGUUAUGUAGUGUAAAGUCUGACAAAUCACUGUACUGUAUUUUGUACUGGUACACUUUCUAAAUGAGUUAUAGGUGUUUUGUAAAAAAAAAAAUUAAAAAAGGAAAUGUUGAUUUCAAAUUUGUGAUGGAGAGUGCAAAUAUGGGGAGGCUUUCUUCUCCUUAAAGGGAAACUUACAAACGCAAAUACAAUUAUUUUGGUAGACAAUUGUUAUGAUAAAAAACAAUGUUACUUAGAAUUCAUAUUUGGUUCUUCCCUCCAGAUUAGGGGCUGGUAGAAAAUUAUUUGAACCAUUCCAUUUUAUGCUCCUAGCAAAAUGAGUCCCAAAACACAUGUAGAACUUUGCAAAAGAGGUUCAAAUGGGCAGAGCUUUCGUCUAUAUGCUAACUUGUAGAGCUGAAAUACUUUAACUUUUUAUUUUACUCUAUCUUUCCCUCUGUUUCAUAUUCUGACAUUUCCGUUUUGAAAACUAAUAUAGCGAGCUGGAAGUAAGUGAAGAGCAACUUGGCUAAAUUGGAUGUUUCCUUAUAUUGGCUGAGAAUGUGUCAACCAUUUAGUGUCAAGUGUCAACCAUUUAUAAAGAACACAAUAUUACAUUUUUUUGUUUUUCUCAACAUUUGACAUUUUUAUACUGUAGCUAUGUUUGAUCAUGUUUCUACUGUACUGUGUGUAUAUACAGAAAAUGUUAAUGUUACUUUUUAACUAAAUCCCAAUGUGGGAAGAGACAUAGUUCCCCAACUAUGAGUUAAUGAUAAGUACAAAUAUAUAUUUGAGAAAGAGUAUUUGAUUCUUACGCAAAUCGGAAAUGAGAAAUCAUACCAUUGUAUCACUAGAAUAUGUAGAAAUGAAUCGGUUGUAUAAAAAACUGUUUGAGCCAAACUGCAAUACUCCAGUAUGCUACUUUCUACAGUGCCAUCCAGAUUAAUUCGCUGCAAAAUAUUUUUUUCAUUUUUGUUUGUCUGAACAUUUUCCAAAAUGUGCAUUCUGAUAUCCUGUACAUAGGCUAUAGCUGAAACAAAAUGACCGCAUGACAAAAAUGGAAGUGACCCUCAGAAAAAGGCCUUCAAAUCAAGUGUUUGGUCACACAUAUUUAGCAGAUGUUAUUGCGGGUGUAGCGAAAUGCUCGUUUUCUAUACAGUUUUGAUUUAAAUUGCGCUCUACAAUGUAGUAAAAACAGAAAACACCACAUCAAAAAUGAUGCAUGUGUCAGUUGUUCCUAAUGAUUCAUGUAAAUGGUUACUUUUCAGAUGACUGUGUUGCCUCCAUUUAUGCAUAAUGCUGGCGCAUUGCUGAAAUAAGAAUGUAUUUGUUUAAGGUCUUGGAAUUUCUGUUUCAACAAAUGACAUAAGCCAAAAGCAUUUUUCUUGAAUAUCUCUUACUACCAUCCAUUUGUUGUUCAAUUGAAUUGGAAAUUCACAUUGCGUUCUCCUCAAAUAAUCAAAUCAAAACGAUGGAUGUGGAUAAAAGCCAAAUAUUUGAUGUGAUUUAUAGCAUGCAUGUUGUAAUUAGUUUGCAACUUUUUGUCUUCAAAUGACCACCCAAAUUACUGGGCUACAAGUGUGAACUGAAAGGGAAAAAUGAUGGAAUCAGAUGUUGUGCAUCUUUUCCAUUUUAAGACAGAGGCCCACACUGAAUAGCUGGAGCUACAGAACAUUAGGCUUGCGCCAUGGACUCCACUUGACAUUAGACCACAAUAUAACAUCUUUGGACAAAUUUAGAUUUUGGAGUGAACUGUCAUUUUACUAGCCUGGCAAGAGUGGAGAAAAAACAGUUUCACUAGCUACUUAAAUAUGCUGCUUACAGUAGCGGUCAAACUUGGCACUGUUUACGAUCUUUAAAAAAUAAGUUAAUUGUAAAAACUGUUGGUUUAAGUGUAUUUGUUUGAUUUACAUCUGCACAUGACCAAGAGAGAAGUUAAAAAUCUCAAUUUCAUUAAGUCCAAAAAUUGAUGGACUGAAUUAUUCAAAUGAAUUUGGUUGGAGGCAAGUGAUUUCUCUUUUACUGUGUAAUUGUUCACCUAUGGUAAGUUGCAGGUGCCUACAGGGUAAAAGAAAAUAGCCAUUCAAACCAUUUUGAAAAGAGAACAUUCUGCUCCAUUGCACUCAAUUGUAAAGUGCCUAUAUAUUUGACUGUACUCUCUUUGCAGUAAAACUUGACUGUCAAGAGAGCUUACUGUCAGUUGCAUGACAUGACAGAUGUUUAUAAGUAGUCCCUAUUGCUGAUACGGGUUUAUUGAAAAUGAUUCAGCACUAUCAUGUUGACUUCAGCAGUAUGCGUAUGAACUAUGGCUAGCUAGCUAUCAUAAAUUGAGGCAUGUUUUGAAAUCAAUUCUAAACACAUCAGUUACUGUGACUGCAUACAGUAAGACAUAUUCUAUGUAAGGUUUAACAAACAUGUUUGUAUUGUAUGUGUUCGUUCUUAUUCUGUUGCUUUCUCACUUUAGUUAUGGUCACCUGCCUUGUGAACAGUGACUGUUCUGUCAAUGCUGACUGUUUUACCCCAAAUUUGAAGAAAGCGUAUAUUCUUUUCUCUUUGUAAAGCCGGUCAUUUUAAAUGUGACUUGGAAGCAUAUUCCUUAUUUUGGGAUGCAAAACCAGAAAGGGCUUAUUCCAAUGCAGCUUGUUUUCCCAUCGUGUUAAAAAAAAGAAAUAGCACUCAAUAUAUUGUCGCUCAAUAUACCAUACUGCUCUGCAUAUGCAUGGGAAGUGGAAAUCUAAUAAGGUGAUGUGGACUCCUGUGUUGACAGUAGUUAUUGAAAUCAACUGGGAGGGUAGGGUAGCCUAGUGGUUAGAGCGUUGGACUAGUAACCGGAAGGUUGUGAGUUCAAACCCCCGAGCUGACAUGGUACGAAUCUGUCGUUCUGCCCCUGAACAGGCAGUUAACCCACUGUUCCCAGGCCGUCAUUGAAAAUAAGAAUGUGUUCUUAACUGACUUGCCUGGUUAAAUAAAGGUUAAAAAAAAAUUUUUAUCUUGAUUCUCACUAAGUAUACUGUCACUGCCUGAGGACCUGUCACCACAAUUUCCCUCAACUAAUAAGGUAAACAUUGAGCAAUUGCAAAGGAACUUAAUCUCAAGUGAAUGAAGAAUUUGGUUUUGUUACCCAUACUUUAAAUGCAUUAGUAUGAAUCCAUAUAAUUGCCUCUAGGACAGUUGAUGUUGGAAAAACUAAAAUUACACUUUUGGAUAGUAUUUUCAGUUAGUAAUGUAAAGAAAAACUCUUCUUGGUCAGCUUUAAGUGGGUAUCACAUAUUUAACCAUUGUCCUGUAAAUCAUAUUCAGAGAUGUAUUUCUUUGUUGCUAUGUGAAACUACGUAUGUGGCCCAUUUGUAAGAUGAAACUUGAAUGUGGAUGGCACAUUUUUCCUGUACAUAGUCUCAAUAUCAAAUAAAACUAAUUUUCACCAAGGUUUA